AUGGUCCUCCAGGUGCUCUAUCUAGUGGUGUACUACACCAUCCUCCACCCUCUAGCCCAAUACCCGGGCCCUUUUCUUGCGAGAUUCACCAACCUCUACUCGGCCUACCACGCGUGGACGGGCGAUAUCCACCUCGAUAUCUACCGGUGCCACCAGAAAUACGGCGACCAUGUCCGCUACGCCCCGAAUCGGCUGCUCAUCAACACCGCCGGCGCCCUUCACGACAUCUACGACCGCCACGCGCAUGUCAAGAAAUUCAAAAACUACCGUGUCCUAUCCAAACAGGCACCCAACACCCUCACCCUACGGGACAAGGUACAGCACAGUCGACGACGGCGAGUGCUGAGCCAGGCCUUCUCCAAGCGGGGAGUGGAGUCGAUGCAGCCCAUUAUCCUAGCCAGACUGGAGCGACUGUCUGAAGUUCUCCGUAGUCAGGUCCCCGAUUCCUCGGGAUGGACAUCUCCCAUCGACAUGGCCCAGAUAUGCAAACCCACCCUCCCAGUCAACCAUCUGGCGUUCGACACGAUGACCUCCGUCUCCUUCGGGAUCGAUUUCGACGCGAUGCGCGACCCGAAGUACCGGUACGUGAUGGACGCGAUCGACGAGUCCAACGUCCGACAAGGGGUUCUGUUUCAGGCAGAGGGACUGUCCACCGCAAAGCUGGACCGCCGGCUCUUCCCCGCGUCGAUUGUCGCCGCGUCCCAGUUCUCCAGGUUCAUUCGCCGUCUGCUCGCCACCCGUCUGCAGACUACCCCGUCGACCACAACCACAACCACAACAACAAACGACAUCUUCUCCUUCCUGCAACAAUGCCAAGACCCCAAGACGGGAGAAUCCCUCACCCUCACCGAGCUAAGCACCGAAACAGCCACCUUCAUCGUCGCCGGCUCCGACACCAACUCCACGACCCUAUCCGCACUAACCCACUACCUAACCGGCUCCUCAACCAGCUAUCUCCGCCUAAAGGACGAAAUCCGAGGCACAUUCGACACGCUCGCCGAAAUCAGUCUCGGCCCGAAGCUCAACUCCUGCGUGUUCCUCCGCGCGUGCAUCUCCGAAUCCCUCCGUCUGUCCCCGCCAGGCGGGAGUUCCCUCUGGCGGGAAGUCGAGGCCGGGGGAACCGUCAUUGACGGGACUUUUGUUCCGGGGGGGUGUGAGGUCGGGGUCGGGAUUUAUAGUAUUCAUCAUUGUGGGCGGUAUUAUUCUGAUCCUGGGGAGUUUGAGCCUGAGAGGUGGAUUGUGGGGAGGGGGAGGGGGAGUGAGGGUGAGGAUAAAUGGAAAGACGGGGUGAGUCCGUAUAUGCCGUUUUCGAUCGGGCCGAGGAGUUGUAUUGGGAAGCCGUUGGCGAUGGCGCAGGUGAUGCUUACGGUGGCGAGGAUGGUGUGGGAGUUUGAGUUGCGGAGGGCAGAGUUGGGGGAGGAGUGGGUGGGGACGGGGGUGAGGGCGGAGGAGUAUGUGUUGGAGGAUCAUGUUACGGCGAGGAAGCGGGGGCCAGUAGUCUGUCUGAGGGGGAGGGAGUAG